AUGGUGUUAGAAACUAUCUCAAGGAUCAUUAAAGUACAACUUCCAGCAUACCUCAAAAAGCUACCACUGCCAGAGACUAUCGGGGGCUUUACGCGUUUGACAGUCUCGGAGUGGCUGCGACUCCUGCCUUUGCUGGGAAUACUGGCCUUGUUAGGAUACUUGACCAUCCGACCAUUCCUGCCUAAGAAGAAGAAACAGAGGGACAGUCUCAUUAAUUUGAAGAUCCAAAAGGAGAACCCCAAAGUGGUCAACGAGAUCGACAUAGAGGACCUGAGAAGCACAAAUGUCUGCUAUUGCCGAUGCUGGCGUUCCAAAACAUUUCCUGUUUGCGAUAAAUCACACAUUAAGCAUAACGAAUUGACUGGGGACAACGUCGGGCCACUCAUACUGAAGAAGAAGAUUCUAUAAUUCAUCGUUUGGCUAGAAGACUGGGGAGGAGACUGGCUAGCACCAUACUUCCUCUUUUGAGCCACUAGCUGUUUUGGUUUUUUUUCCCUUUUUUUUUGUAAUAUUUUGCUGUCUCUGACAAAGAGCUGGUGUACUGUAAGUUUAUUUGACUCUCUUUGGUUCAAUAUACUCCUGUUCUUAUCAUCUGAGGGAUUUAAAUAGCUUAGCACAUUUAAGCUUUGCUAUUGUUUAUUAUUGACCAUUACUCUGUAGAUGCCGUCGUCCAGCCAUGACACACAAGUCCUUAUCAUUACAUCAUAUUACUGUCAGUGACAGGGUGUAACUCAAGUUCCAAUGUUUUACUUGCGUUUUCCUUUACAGUUGUUUGGGCCAGUUGUGAAGGAAUUUAAUUACAAUUCACCUUAAUCUUCGUUCUGCGUAGUUGGUCUGACUUGUACAAUCUUUAUUCACCACGCAUGUGAAAUAUCAGUGACCCUUUUUUGGCCUUGUGGCUUUUUGACCCUGUGUGUGUCUUCUUUUACUGUCUUGACUUCCUCAGUCUCUGUAUGAGUGGUUAUAAAAAAAAAAAAAAAAACACAGUUGCAGUGAGCACACAAAGUGAGAUUGUGCAGCCAUGAAAUUUUGUAUUUUGUCUGCAGACUUUUACAACCUUGUUUUGAAAGAAAAUUAGUGCUACUAUGUAUUAAUUCACUAUGGUGGGAUCAUUUUUUAUUAUUAUUAUUAUUAUUUGUCGGUUUUUCUUACACAUUCUUCUUUACUGUUCAUCUUUAAUGAUUGUUCAUUUUCA